GGUACGUCGCAUUCCGCACGGGAUUCUUCCUUCACUCGUUUGGUUGCCGCAUAUAAAAAAACUAUUUUGUGAAAAGUGUUGAUUUUUCUUUUUGGGACCCUCUUCCCUUUUCCUCUAUAUACAAGCAUUGCUAUGCUUGAUUUGUCUGGAUUUAUUAUGAUGACUAGUGUUGGAGAUUUUUUUUUUGUAUUAAUUAAUUUCUAAUUAAUUAUUUAUUUGUGUGGUGCGCAACAUGUCGCAGUGUAAAAAAUUCGCUCCGAAUAUUUUUCAUAAGUCCAAGUGUUCAAAUUGCUUCAGGCAAAAGGAAGAACAUUCUGCAGAGGCCCUGGAAUGUAAUCGGGCAAGCAGAUCCAUUGCACGAAGUGGUUACCUAUUCGUAGCGCCCGAUUGGGACUUUUCAGUUCCUCUGAAUAGAACGAAGAGAUGGCAAAGAAGAUGGUUCGUUUUGUACGACGAUGGGGAACUGAACUACUCCGUCGACGAACACCCGGACACAAUACCACAAGGUUCCGUGGACAUGACCAAAGUGAUGGAAGUGACAGGGGCGGAACAGGUGACGGGACAUCCGCAUUCUUUGGCCCUCACCAGCCCGGACCGCGUCACUUUUGUUAAAGCGGCAAGUCGCGAAGAUGCGCGUUGGUGGGCCGAACUUUUAGCAGUGUUUCCGAGGCGGCACAAACGGAACGCCACGUUCCCCGGAGGAAGAGCUUCGCCCAGCUUACCGCAAUUGGGCAGGAGCGCUAGUCCACAACCACCUAGACCACGUCAUCUUAGUGUAACUGGUCCAUCACCUCGAACGAACUUCGAAACACCCCCGCUAAAAGAAGAACGGGAAUCGCCACCGAAAGAGCAGGAAAAGGGUGUGAUUAAGAACGAUUUCGGAGCGGGACUAGACAAAGUUGGUGUGACUGAAAAUGAUGGAAAUCGCCAAACCCCAAGGCCAGCUUGGGUGCCUGACCGAACUCCGGGCGUGGUCAUUGAGAACGCACACCCAUCGAUUCGAAAAGAUUACAUAGUCAGUUCUGGCUCGCCACCAACCAGAGACAAGCUACGCUGCGACGACAAAGUAAGGGCAAGGCGUGAUUGGAGGAACGAAAGGUUGAGGGAUAUAGCUACCGCAUUAACUGACAGAUCACCUGAGUCUAGCUUAGCAUUACCAGCUGAAGGAUUGUUACAUCUUAAAAAGGGUUGGUUAUGGUUAAAAACACCAAACAACGAUUGCGUCCGUCGCUGGAUAGUAUUAUGCGGACCAACUUUAAACGUCUAUCAAGACCAAGACGAGCAUGGGGUGCCAGAACUGAGCGUCGAAUUGUCAACCGUCACAAAUUACACCGAAGUACCCACUGAAUCAAAGUACGGCUUCGAAAUCAUCUGGGCCGGUCCGACGCUGACGCUCAGUGCAGUGACCCAAGGAAUCCGAUCUAACUGGAUGCAAGCUUUGAAGAAAGCUGCCCCGAUACCUGUAGAGAGCCCUAUAACACCAAACACGCCCAAAUCGGUUUUGUUUUCUAGUGACGAGGAAUAUCGGACUGCUAGUGAAGGUGGACGAAGAGAGUCCGGCGAUUGGAGUGAACUUCCACCAUCGCCACCAUCAAAUAGGUUGGCAUUACGUGUAAAAGACCGUGCCAGACUACGACCCAGACUGCCGAGAUGUCAAUCGCGACAAUCAACGCUGGACAGUACCUCCACUGAUGAACUGGAUUGUGCCAAAGACCCCAUUAUGGACAGUGCUUUCGAUGCGUCACCGGUAAAUAACGGUAACGAGAUGAUAUCAGAAUUGCAAAGGCAAUUGGCCAGGUCAGCGUUGGAGGUCAAUAAUUUGGAAGAGGAAAUUGCCAGAUUGAAAAAGCUUCAAUCCGAUGCUGCGACACGCGAAAAAAAGGCAAAGGAAAUGCUAGCCAACCUGGAAAAAGCCGAAAACGAGUUGAACCAAAGAAACUCGCAAAUGGAAAUUAAAUUUUUAAAAGAGCAAAAAGCCCUGCAACGACGCUUAGCCGAAUCCGAAGAAACUUCGCGAACAUUCGAAGAAAAAUACGAAAUUUUACUAAGAGAAUUACUAACCAAACAGCAAAUCUUAUCGAGCCUUCAAGACGAGCUGGACAGUUCGAAUGAACGACUAGAAAAAUCCAGGCAAGAAAACGAUAGAGUUUAUAAAAAACUACAAGAAAUCGAAUCGAGAUCUUCAACAAGAAAUAACAACGUGGAUUCACUAACAGAUCUUACAAACAUCGACUUGGACAUCGACAUUGACGAAUUAGGAACAAACGAACUAAAAGAAUAUUGUUUAGAUCUAAAAUGUCGUUUCGAGAAAGCAGUAAUAGAAAUUCGAGCUAUAAAAAGAGCUCUAAGAAAUUCCGAAGACAAUUGUGAUCAAUUGGAAAUCGCCAAUCACAGCCUAAAACAAAGCAUAGACGCUUUGAGGCAAGAACAUCAAGCCGAAGUUAACUUGUUGGUUGUUCGUUUAGAUCAUUUAACUUCGAAAUUAACCAACGUUGAAAAACAAUUGAGGAUAAAAGUAAAAAACGAAGCAAAAGAUAAACGUAGAUCCUUGUCUUUAAAAGGCAAAGAAAGCUUUUCAAUAAACAAAGAAGUCGAAGACAAAGUUACCGAAUUGGAAGCUAAAAUUGUAUCUAUGGAAAAAGGGAAUAAUAAACAACAAAAACGUCGUUUCAAGCGAGAUAGAAGCAGCGAAAGAACUUCACCAAUAGAUGAUAAAUCUUUAAGAAGAUUAAGAAGGAAAAGUUUAGAUAGUGCCACAUCUUCUGAACCAAUGAAACUACUAAUGAGAUUGAGCUCUUUAGAAUCUAAGGUAACAAAUGUUAACGCUUCAAACGAAAGCCUAAACAUAAAACUGAAUGAAGAAAAUGGAAAUUUUGAUUUAAUGCUUAUGUCAGCCAAAGCUAAAGUAAUAGAAUGUCUUCAUUCUGUGAAUUUAUUAAAAAAUAAGCGAAGUUCAUUGAAUUCAGAAAGACUAAUAUUUUUAGAAAACACUUUAAACGAAUUGAAUGACAUUUUAAGCAACAACGAUGAAGCUAAUGUAAUAAACGCUUCAGCUGAAGCUGUCGUAAAACAGCUGCAAGCUAUUUUAGUUGAGAAAUUACAAAAUUUAUCCGAGAAAAAAAGACUGCUUAUUGAACAAGGCCAAUUAGACGCUAGCGCUAGAUUACAAAUAUUAGCUGAAAAAGUGGCUUAUGAAAAUAUCUUAGUUAGUCGUAUACAAGAAGCAUUGAAUUCUCCAAUAACUGGUGAAGCUAUUAGCAGAAAAUUAAUUGAUAAAGAAACAAAAGAAACUGCUUAUUUAAUAAUUUCAUUGCAAAACAAACUAAAUGGCUCAAAUAAAAAAGAAACGCCUCUGUGUAGAACAAGUGCAGAAUACUUGAGUAAAAUCUUAGCUAAAUGUCUCAUAGCUGUGGGUCAUGGUUUUAAAAUGUGUAAAAAUUUCAUAAAAAACAAUGGGCCUUCUUUACAUAUUUUAUGCGAGGAACAACAAAAACUGGAAGUUUUAUUGGACGUAUACAAAGCCACAAAGUUACCACAAUUAGCUGAAGCUUUAGCUAAUGAAGCUUAUUCAGGCCUAAAAACCCUAAAUCAGGACACUUUGGAUGAAUUCACCAAAAACGCAACUAAAAUCGUUGACAAUGAAUUAAUUCAAUCCGAAAUUAAUCACGUUUUACUUAGAGCCGCUCAAAUUUAUCAAACAAAUUUAGAUUCAGAUAAUUCGUUUUUCUUUAGUUUUUUUGCAUCUGAAAGAGCUGCCUUAGAGCUAUGGUCCGACUCGGUCGGAGAUUGUCUCUAUGAAGAAAUCAAUAAAAGCAUAAAAGAACUAACGGAAUUAUAUAAAAACUAUCUAAACAAAUUGCAAAGGCAAAAUUGGAGACGCCGAGUGGAAUCUGAACGUUCUAGUCGCACAGCUACUAAUUUACUGCAAGAAUUUGCAGAUAUUAUUGCCCAUAAAGCCCUAAUUGAUGCAAGAAUUAACGUUUUGAGUGGCAAAUGUAAUAUUUCCCAAGAUAUUAAUGGUGAUUGUGAUAAAGGCUUGAUGAAUAAUUGGUUGGAAAACGAAAAAUAUAGAAUACGAUUGGAAAAUCAACCGUUGAUACAGAAUAACCAAAGUUUGGAGUCGGAAUUUGUUUGUAUGUUGGAGAGGUUUAGUAAGGAGUGUUUUACCAUGCUGGGAGAACCGGAAUUGGAACAGAUCAUGAUGUACCUGGAAGAUUUCCAAUUAAAAAUAGACGAGCUGCAAAGAAUAAUGAAAAUACCAAAAGAUGGCACUUAUGUGGUGGUCAAUAGUUGGAACGAUGUGUGCCAGAAAUGUAAAAAGCUACGCAAUAGUCUAGAGAAUAUUAGAAAUGCCUUAGAGAAGAGUGGACCAAUAAACAGGUCCGAUACUCGCAUGAGAGACCAAAGACCAGUAUAUUUGGGUACUGAGUACCUGACGCAAGUGGAGAACCUUAGGGCGGCCUACAGAUGCGCAUUGGCUUCUUGCAAAGAACGGCAUCAAGAGUCCGACAUUGAACAGUUACAGCAGUUGUGCGAAAAAGUACUUGGAUCAAUGGAACAAUGGCACAGAAGAACAAUUCAAGAUAUAAGGGAAGCUCACUCACAAGAAGUAGAGCUGUUGAAGCAGGAAAAAGAGCAAGCUCUAGCAGAAGAGACGCAAGCUACGCUAGCGGCUUUGGACGCAAUGAGAAAAGCCCAUGUAGCUGAGGUUCAAAGGGAAGUGGCAAAGUUUAAGCAAGAGUUUGCUCGUCAGCAGCGUGACGAAAUCAUGGACCUGUCAGAGCGAUUGUCAGUCAAAUCGCUGGAAGCCGCAGCUCUUGAGGAGCAGCUGGGCAGCGCCACCAGGCAGCUGGCUCAUGCACAGCAACAUAUUUUGCAGCUUGAACGGAACCCCCAGCUCUCACCUAUGCAGAACUGAUGGUGUGUAUCCGUGAGGAGCGCAACAAUUUUACGCAAACUUACAGACUAGUCUUUAACAAGCCUCAAUACGUAUACCAGUAAAUUAACAAUAACUUUAGUACAAGAUUUACGAUUUAAUAUUAAAUAUGUAAGACUUAAUUAUGGAUUCACAGUUGUGUACAGAUCACUGCACCCCCUCGUCCCUAUUUGUUUUUUUCAUAAUAAUUAAUGGUCCUGUUUGUUCAAUUAAUACAAUUUUAUAGAUGUUUUUUCUUAUUUAUUUGUGUACCUCAAUAAUUCACCCGCCAAAGGAGGAUCCAAUUUGUUGUAUAAGCAACUGGGGAAACUCCUACAGCGGGUGUUAAUUUUUUUUUCUAACAGUUUAUUUGUUUAUGUGUUGGGUUUAUAUGGAAUGUUUACAAGAUGAAAAAUAUAUCAGUUAUCAAGUUAAAAUAGUGUUUUUUUUUCCCAAAUUCUGUUUCAGUUUUCUAUCUUAAUACUAGAACAUUUAAAAAAGCUACAACAAACAACACAGAGAAAAUAUAAAAUAUGAAAUAACAACAAAAAAAAAACAUGUAAACUAAUCUCAAAAAAAUAAAAAUAGACUAAACUUGAAAAUAAUUCUUAUCUUGUUUCAAAUUUAUAAAAACAAUGAUCUUCAGGCUCUUUUGACCCUAAAAUUAUUUGGCGAAAAUAUGAUGCUCCCAAUUUCUGUUGUCCUUCAUUGCAUGGGACAAGACAAAUUAUUUCUUUGGUAAAUUAGGAAGUAUGUAAUAUGUACAACAAAAUAAAAAAAUUUUUGGCUUUAACAAAUUUGGUAACAAUAUUUUCAAGCAGAUCUUAAAAUUUCAAAGCAAUAACUAGCAGAUCCAGAGUAAAAAUUAUAAUACUGCCGAUUACUAUAAUUCGAUUUGAAGCUCAAAAACUCCUACAUAUUCUUACUAAUCACAAUAGUAGGUACAACUUAAUUUAUACAAUUUUUUUUUAUCUGAAUGCCCUAAUGCUUAUAUACUGCCAUUACAGAGAUUCCAAUAUCCCAGCCAGAUCCUGCAGGGUUCUCAAGUGAGAUACCCAAUCUCCUUAUCACAGCUCCACCAUCUGUAACAGCCCAAACUUCAGUUUUACACGCGCUGACAUGUUUGAAACCUUUUGUAUGUGGAGCAGAAUCUAAAGCAAAAUCACAAUAAUAAAGUAAAAUUUAUUAAGCUUGUUUUCCUACUAAUUAUUGGUGGAUCCGCAAUUAUAUUUUGCCAAUGAGUGCCUUCAGGGAAUGUAGAUGUCACUUCUUUUCUAACAUUUAUCCUGCCCAAAGCAUCCACGGCCCAAAUCCCUACCGAGUUCACUGAUAUUUGCUUUAGCUGUGCACCUGGAGGUUCAACACAAAUCCAG